UUUGUUAUCGAAAGAUAGCGACUUCGUUAAAUUCACGCAGGUAGUCGACUGCACUAUAUUUACAUCGUCGCCUAGUUUCGUUUCAACAAAAGUGGCUCAACUUUAAUUUGAAACCAAUGACGUUUGGCUUUUAGGUAGUUCGAAAGAGUAUUUGUUUUGUUUUACUGACUCAUAUUUUUGUGUAUUGACUGGACUACUUACUUUGACCAAAGUGGCAGAAUAAGAUGUCUUCGUCAGCCAUAUAUGUGUUGGAUGUGAAGGGAAAGGUGUUGAUAUCUCGAAAUUAUCGGGGAGACAACAUGGACAUGGCGGUAAUUGACAAGUUUAUGCCAUUGCUAAUGGAGAAGGAGGAAGAGGGCAUGAUCACGCCCAUUUUGCAAACGGCGGAUUGCACCUUUGCCUAUAUAAAAACAAAUAAUUUGUACAUCGUUUCCACAACACCCCGCAACAAGAACGUAAACAUAGCCCUUGUAUUCGUGUUUCUGCACAAGAUUGCUCAAGUAUUUAUCGAGUAUUUUAAAGAAUUAGAAGAGGAGUCCAUACGUGAUAACUUUGUUAUAAUAUACGAGCUGCUGGAUGAGCUUAUUGACUUCGGAUACCCACAAACAACUGAUUCCAAGAUACUUCAGGAAUAUAUUACGCAAGAAGGUCAUAAGCUAGAGAUACAACCCCGUAUACCGAUGGCUGUGACAAAUGCAGUGUCGUGGCGCUCAGAAGGUAUUAAAUAUCGGAAGAACGAAGUGUUUUUGGACGUCAUCGAAUCGGUUAAUUUACUGGCAAACGCAAAUGGAAACGUUCUUCGUAGCGAGAUCGUUGGUGCCAUUAAAAUGAGGGUCUAUCUGUCUGGCAUGCCAGAACUGAGAUUGGGUCUCAAUGACAAGGUCUUGUUUGAAAGCACUGGUCGAGGAAAAUCCAAAUCGGUGGAACUUGAAGAUGUCAAGUUUCAUCAAUGCGUUCGACUUUCGCGUUUUGAAAAUGAUCGAACUAUUUCUUUCAUACCACCCGACGGCGAAUUUGAAUUAAUGUCGUACAGGCUGAAUACACACGUUAAACCGCUGAUAUGGAUCGAAUCCGUCAUUGAACGCCAUGAGCAUUCUCGAGUUGAAUACAUGAUCAAAGCCAAAUCUCAGUUUAAGCGACGCUCUACAGCCAACAAUGUUGAAAUAAUCAUUCCGGUACCAGCUGACGCCGACUCUCCAAAAUUCAAGACGACAAUUGGAAGCUGCAAAUAUGCUCCCGAACAGAAUGCCGUUAUUUGGACAGUCAAGUCUUUUCCAGGCGGCAAGGAGUAUUUAAUGCGAGCCCACUUCGGUCUACCGAGUGUUAAAAGUGAGGACAGCUUGGAAGGCAAACCUCCUAUACAGGUUCACUUCGAAAUACCUUACUUUACAACAUCUGGAAUUCAAGUGCGCUAUUUGAAGAUCAUAGAAAAAAGCGGCUAUCAGGCUUUACCCUGGGUGCGCUAUAUUACACAGAAUGGAGACUACCAACUACGCACCAAUUAAAAAUAUGUGGGACAUAUUGCCUUGGGUUUUGGACAUUAACAUAGUUCUAUUUUGUGUUCGUUAAGAUUUUAUUAAAGGUUUUUAUUGAUUGCCCAUAACUUCGUUCAUUCCGAUUAAAAUAAAUACAUAUGUGUGUUGCAAUUUCA